AUGGACUGUCAAUCAUAACUAAGACCACUCCCCUUUCCAAGGUAUAUAAGGGCCUGUGACUCACUUUUCCCUCCAAACCAAUCCAGGCAGAACAAAGAGUAUUGAUUGACAGUCAUCAGCUUGUUCUUCUCCUCUGUGUCAGCCAAUCACCACCUCAGCAAAGAUGGCAUCAGUCUUUCCGUUUGCUUUGUUGCUCUGUUUGUCCAGCGGACUGUUGACUGCAUAUGGUCAAGCUUCCUGCCCUACUGGUUGGACUCAGUUUGGCUCUGGCUGUUUCAGCUUCAACCUCGAUGCAAAGAGUUGGAUCGAUGGAGAGACCUUCUGCCAGACCACUGGUGGGACACUGGCUUCCAUCCACUCAGCUGAGGAAUAUACAUUCAUCAGAAACUACAUUCACCAAGUGACCGGUACAGACAAACCUGCCUGGAUCGGAGGCUUUGACGCAGUGCAGGAAGCAUGUUAACCAAAGUCUGGGAAA